AUGGCCAACUCCCGACCCUAUGUUGGAUUGUUUGCUGCAGUUAUGUCACGUAUACGUGAAAAUACUGAAAAUUCUGCUACAAUCAACAAUGGGCUAAUUGAAAGCGAAAGUGAUGGUGGCGAUUCACUUUCCACACAUUCACGACAAAGUUAUGAUUACAAUUAUAAUUCUGAAGAAGAAGAAGAAAAAUUACAGUUUAUAUCACAAGUACUAGUAUUACAAAAAACAUUAGAUGAUCUGUCAAAACGAGUUGAUUCAGUCAAAGAAGAAAAUCUUAAACUACGCUCAGAAAAUCAAGUACUCGGUCAAUAUAUUGAAAAUUUAAUGGCCGCGAGUAAUAUAUUAUCGCUAUUCGAACACACUAUGUCAGUUUCUCCAAGUAACUUAGAAAUACAAGGUAGUUUUAUGCGUGUACCACCACCAAAAGAAGUAACAAAGUCACUUGAGCGACGUUCGUCUCAUGAACAAUUACAGCAACGACAUGUAUCCUAUCGCUCCAGUAUUGUUACACCUAUACAACAAAAGCCGAAACUAUCACUAACAAAAACUGAACAAAACACAAAUAAACAACCAGUAAAGAAUGAUGAAACAGAAACAAUGCGAACGAAAAUUGUUAAUUUAGAAGAUGAAAUUCGUCGAUUAAAACGAAAAAUUGAAGAAUUAGAAAAAGAAAUUAUUGACUUGCAAAAGCAAAUACGAACGAAAGAUAAAAAAAUAGCCGAAUUAACGAAAGAAAAUGAAGAUUUGAAGAAAACGCUUACCUAUCAAAAACAAGUUGAUGAUUUUAAAUUGGCAAAUACUCAACUACUUGAUGAAAAUGAACAGUUGAAGGCAGAAAUUAAUCGUUUGGAAAUGGCACAAAAAAAUGCUGCACAAUCGAAUGAAGAAGUCGAAGCAUUACGUGAGCAUUACGAACGACAAUUAAAACAGAUGCGACAGGAACACGCCAAAGAAUUGAAACAACGUGAUGAUAAGAUUGAAUUUUUGAAAAAACAAAUUGCCGAUUCAUUAAAAGACAAUUCAUGGGAACGUCAAGCCCAAAUAGAAGUGUUGACAAAAGAAUUGAAGCGUACCCAUGAAGAAUAUGAAUUAAUUAAACAUAAAUUGUUGAGCUAUCAAAAUAAGAAAGGAUCAUGUGCAAACUGCUCUGAUAUGCUCGCACGAUUAGAAGUAAAAACAAAGGCUUUACGUGAAAAAGAUUCAAUUAUUCAAGAACUAGUAACAUUGAUGCAAAAAUUUAAAACACAGUUGACCAAUCAAGAUGAUUUAAUGAAGUUAUUAUCAACGUACAAUAACACAUCCAUACAUUAA